CUGGAAAGGCAUAAGAAGUCAGAAGUCAGAAGUCAGAAGUCGGAAGUCAGAAGUCAGAAGUCGGAAGUCAGAAGUCAGAAGUCGGAAGUCAGAAGUCAGAAGUCGGAACUCAGAAGUCAGAAGUCAGAAGUCAGAAGUCAGAAGUCGGAAGUCGGAAGUCAGAAGUCGGAAGUCAGAAGUCAGAAGUCGGAAGUCAGAAGUCAGAAGUCGGAACUCAGAAGUCAGAAGUCAGAAGUCAGAAGUCAGAAGUCAGAAGUCGGAAGUCGGAAGUCAGAAGUCGGAAGUCAGAAGUCAGAAGUCGGAAGUCAGAAGUCAGAAGUCGGAAGUCAGAAGUCGGAACUCGGAAGUCAGAAGUCGGAACUCGGAAGUCAGAAGUGGCCCUCCUCGGCCAUCGUACCUAUGAAGACAGUCGCAGGCAUCGAAUGUAAA